UUCAUGCAAGAGAUGGAGGCAGGAAACCAUACCAGUGUGACAGAGUUAUUCAUCUUGGGACUAACAGAGGACCCUACAUUGUGUAUAGUCUAUUUUGUGAUAUUUCUAGGAGUAUACAUCAUCACUUUAGUAGGAAAUAUCAGCAUCAUCACGUUGAUAAGAAUUUCUUCCCAGCUGCACACACCCAUGUAUCUAUUCCUCAGUCACUUGGCUUUUGUAGACAUUUUAUAUUCAACCUCUGUCUCAGUUAUAAUGCUUAUGGAGCUCCUUGGACAUGGGCUAGCCUUACCUGUAGCUGCAUGUGAGGCCCAGCUCUGUAUCAUAGUAUCAUUUGGGUCAGCUGAGUGCUUCCUACUGGCUGCCAUGGCCUAUGAUCGCUAUGUAGCAAUCUGUUCACCUCUCCUAUAUUCAACAAUCAUGUCCUCUAAAGUCUGUUUUCUAUUGUUGGGAGUGUCCUAUGUUGGUGGCUGCAUGAAUGGUUGGAUAUUUACUGGUUGUUUGUUAAAUCUGUCCUUUUGUGGACCAAAUCAGAUAGAUCACUUUUUCUGUGACUACUCCCCUUUGCUGAAACUUUCCUGCUCAGAUGUUUCCAUUAUUGGAAUCAUUCCCUCUUUCUCUUCUGGAUCAAUUAUUGUGGUGACAGUUCUUGUCAUAGCUGUUUCCUACAUCUACAUUCUUAUCACCAUCCUGAAGAUGCCCUCCACUGAGGGCCGCCAUAAAACCUUCUCUACCUGCACCUCCCACCUCACUGCAGUCACUAUCUACUAUGGAACAAUUACCUUCAUUUAUGUGAUGCCCAAGUCGAACUACUCUACUGAACAGAACAAGGUGCUCUCUUUAUUCUACACAGUGGUGAUUCCUAUGCUGAAUCCCCUCAUCUAUAGUCUGAGGAACAGAGAUGUAAAAGGUGCUCUGAGGAAGGCAAUUGCCAGAGUAUAUACAUAG